CCGACCUUGUCAUUCAUUUUGUGACGUUGAUCAGUGUUUGUUUUCACUUCUGUCUAGGCAAGAGAACCGAGGAAGCAAUGGGGAAAAUAAAAGGCGGACCCGUGGUGGAAAUGCAGGGAGAUGAAAUGACUCGCAUCAUUUGGGAUGCAAUCAAAGAAAAGUUGAUCUUACCAUUUGUUGACCUUGAACUACAUUCAUAUGACCUUGGCAUCAAGAGCAGAGAUGAUACCAAUGAUGAAGUGACUAAAGACGCAGCCUAUGCUAUCAAUAAGUACAAUGUUGGAAUCAAAUGUGCCACCAUUACACCUGAUGAGAAACGAGUUGAAGAAUUUAAUCUCAAACAGAUGUGGAAAUCACCAAAUGGAACGAUCAGAAACAUUCUUGGUGGUACUGUUUUCAGAGAAGCCAUUAUUUGUAAGAACAUUCCUCGAUUGGUUCCAGGGUGGAUCAAAAGUAUUGUGAUUGGUCGUCAUGCUUUUGGAGAUCAGUACAAAGCGACCGACUUUGUCGUCCCUGGUCCGGGGAAGGUGGAGAUGAAAUACACCCCAGCAGACGGUGGCACUCCUCAGGAGUACACAGUGUUUGACUUCCAGAAGUCGGGCGGGGUCGCCAUGGGCAUGUACAACACUGAUGAUAGUAUCAGAGAUUUUGCAUUCAGUUCCAUGACCUUUGCUCUGAAUAAGGGUUGGCCACUUUACUUAAGUACCAAAAACACAAUAUUGAAGAAAUAUGAUGGACGAUUUAAAGACAUCUUCCAAGAAGUAUAUGAUAAAGAGUAUAAACAGAAGUUUGAAGCUAAGAAUAUCUGGUAUGAACAUCGGCUGAUCGAUGACAUGGUUGCAUAUGUGAUGAAAUCAGAAGGAGGCUUUGUCUGGGCGUGUAAGAACUAUGAUGGUGAUGUUCAGUCAGAUUCUGUCGCUCAAGGAUUUGGAUCUCUGGGCAUGAUGACCAGCGUACUGAUUUGUCCUGAUGGGAAGACCGUUGAGGCUGAAGCAGCCCACGGAACAGUGACCCGACAUUUCCGCUUCCAUCAACAGGGAAAAGAGACCUCAACUAACUCAAUAGCAUCUAUAUUUGCCUGGACCCGUGGCCUUGCACACAGGGCUAAACUCGAUGACAACAAAGAGCUGGCUAAAUUUUGCACCACUUUAGAGAAAGUCUGUAUUGACACAAUAGAAUCUGGGUUCAUGACCAAAGACCUUGCAAUCUGUGUCAAAGGAAUGAAAAAUGUACAACGUGAGGACUACUUAUCUACAUUUGAGUUCAUGGAUAAACUGGCAGAAAACCUGAAGAAAAAUCUGUCACAGAGUUGACUGGACAUGUCUGUAGUCCACAGCAAAUUAUGAAGAUAUUUUAUGCAAAGCAGUUCCUAACUUUAAACAUCUAUUCCAAUCAAAUUGCUUCAUUUAUAUCAUGUGAUCAAACAAUAAUUACCAGGUUUAUGCACCAAAAGGUCAUUUUGGAUCCUAAAAGGCAUAUUGAAUGCAAAAAACUUGUAUUUGAUGAAAAAGUCGAUAUUGGAUGUGUGCUCUUUUCUACAUUAAAGUGACGUCAUUCUCAUUUGUUUACAUUUUUCAACAGUGUUCGUGCUGUGCAAGUUCCACAGAAAAAAAGAAAAAAAAAGUAAAUAAAAAUAACUGACUCAAAGAAAUGUAGAUAGGAAAAGACAGAAGCAAUAUGAUCAGAUUUAAGAUUUCCAUUUUGAGUAUCGCUGAUAGUCAGCAUCCAUGUUGUAUAUUAAAUUACUCAGCACGUUCACACAAAAAGUCACCCCCCAAAAACCCCACUACUAUCACCCAAUGUUGAACCCUUACCACCCACCUUCCAAAAUAAAAAACAAAUAAAAGAAUAUAUAUAUAAGUAAAUAUACAAGUACCUAUUUGGGAGGAGGGGAGAUCUAGAAAAUUAUCUAUUUUUCUAAGAUUAUGGGCCGAAUUUACAAAGCUUGUUUGUCUUAAACGGUAGUGUUUAAACAUUGUAGAUACACUUACUUACAUGUGUAAGAUGUAAACAGGCUUCGUAUAUAUUUGGCCCAAUAUAUUUUUUUGUAUUGGGGUAUACUUAAACAUUUAUUCAUCUUUUAAGAAGUAGCAAAGCUUAAAAAUAUAAGUUCUAGUGAAUCAUUAAUUUCUUGGUGGUUUGAAGUGGGGAGGCAUUUCACGGACACAUGGUGCAUCUGCAGACACAGUUUGAAUGAAAUUAUAUCAUUGAAGGGUGGGUGUGUUCUAUCAUUUUUGGAACAGUUCUAAUCUAAAUGUCACUUCAUUCAGAAAAAAAAAUUCAUUGUAUGAAUGGCAUGAAGUCACUUUUCUUCUUUUUUUUCACUUCACCAGUUAUUUGAAAUGGAUUGUAAAACGAGGAAGUGCAAUUACAGUAUCAGGACUUUGCAAAAUUGAAUGUGUACAAAACUCCCAGUCAUCAUGACUACAUGUGGUUCACAUCCUGAAACAAAACCUGUGAUAUUUACCAGAACAUAAUCAGCGAUGUAGAAACAAUAGCUGUGGCCUUGUACAUUAAAUUAACCGUCCAGGGUUGGAAGAGAAAUAUAUAGCAGUGAAACCCCUAUAAACCAGACAUCCAUGGGAACAUGUAAAAAGUCCAGUUAGCAUGUGUAUAUUGCAUUAGCCAUCGGUGUUCAUAAUCACAUAAUCAGCCAAUGUCAUAUUCAGAGCAUAUAUCUGGUUUUCAAAGGUAAAAUUUACUUUGGGACAGGAUUAUUCAUCCAUGUUCAUUAGAGGGUUCCAGUUUUAACUUAAAUUAAGUAAAUCAUGAGACCUUAAAAAUGUCCCGUUAUGAGAGAAUUCUGGUUUACUGAGGGUUUCACUGUACCACCCAGCAUGUAUAUACAUAACAAACAUAGGUGUCUGCAUUCCAGUAAAAUAUAAUAGGUGGGUGAAAAAGUACCUCUGUACUUUAAUUAAAACUGGUCAGCUAUCGAUUACUUGGGGGAAAAAAACAAAAAAAGAAGAGUAGAUUUGUAGAUAAAACUAAAUUUUCUUGGAAUUUCGGUUUUAGUACCACCCAAAAACUGUCUGUUCUUCGAUGAAAACCUUACAAUAAACAUUACUUUUCAAGACCCUGCAAUUUUUUAUCUACAUUCCAUUGUCACAUACAAUUAUGAGUUAAUAUUCCUUUGAAGUGUUUUCUACAUUUACAUGUUCAAGUUGGUCUAUCAUUAGUAUAUCUGUAUUUAUGUUUUAAAAACAAAAUUGGAAAUUGUCUCUUUUUUUUCUGUUGCAAUUAUAUUCUGAAUCACUGAAGCAAUAAAUCAUUCAUAGCU